AUGGGACAGGGGGGACAGUCCGGUCAACCUGGUCAGAUCGGAGAUGGUGUAGGAGCGUCCGGUUCGGCUCGAGGUGCGGGUGCGGGUGGAGCAGGAGGUUCAGGUGGAAAGGCGGUCAAGAAGAAGGCUGCGAAAGCCUGUUUGCAAUGUCAACGAGCGCAUUUGACUUGUGAUGAUUCUCGGCCUUGCACACGUUGCGUCAAAAAGGGUCAAGGUGAUCAAUGUUGCGAAGGUCAGAGGAAAAAGGCGAAAUAUCUGAUGACCGAGGCAGAAUUAGGUGAGCCGACUCGGGAACGAGCCCGGGCGAGGAAGGCGCCGACGAACCCGGCAGUCACCUCGGAAGGGACGACAACCACGACAUCGGUCGUACGAAAGUCAUCAACGCCCGCGGCAACGCUGCAGAACAUUCCGGAUCUAGAGGAUGAUAUGAUGACUGGCGGUAAUUCGGGCAGCCAGGAGCUGAGGGAGCCCGAGUUCGACCUCUCGCUGGACCAGGGCUUCCAAUUCGACUCGCAAGCUGCAAAUCUCGAAUACGCCGUGCUCGACUCGAUCUUUGCCGACCUGCCUGGUCUAGCCGAACAGAACGGGGUCGAGUCAUUCAUGAACGCUUGGCAAGGCGCCGCCAUGGGCUCGCAAUCGAUGAUAGGCGGCAACGUACCCAGUCAGACCACACUUGACAGCGACAUGAUGGACUUUUCAGUCGAUGCCGGUUCUGGCGUGGGCGUUGGGACCAAUGUACCUCCCGCCCCUGGCACGCUCGGGUCUGUCGCUACGCAAGUGUCUGCCAGCAGCGUGUAUGACUUGGUGUCGGAACCCUAUGACUAUACUGUUAGCUAUCACCAGCUCAUGAGAUUCUUGGCCAAAAACUUUGACCAGAAGAGUAUCCUUCGCGUGGUAAAGAGUCUGGCUGCCUUCCGACCCAGCUUGAUCGCCCUGCAGAUGCCCUUGUCGUUCGAGGAUGAAGUCUUCUUGGAAAAGAGUUUCCAGCGGACUUUGAUCGAGUUGGACAAACUAAUCUCGUAUAGCGGGACGCCAACUGCCGUAUGGCGCAGAACGGGCGAGAUCUGCGUAGUCGGUGACGAAUUCGCCAGACUCGCUGGAUGGAAUCGCGCCGACUUGUUGGGUACCAACAGCAACAAGGGCAAGUUCAUCUAUGAACUGUUCGACCGGUCAUCGACCGUCGACUACUUUGCCAAGUUCAGCCAACACGCAUUCGAGAACACCGCUCAGAACUUCUACAUGCAGGUCGUUCUACAGAAUGGCGGUGAACAGAGCGGUGCCAAGGAGAUCAAAUGCGCAGGCUCCUUCACCAUCAGAAGGGAUGUCUUCGAUUUACCUUGCGCUGUGAUUGGUCAACUUCUGCCGAUCACUGGAUGA